UCCGCUCGGUCGCAUUCCACCGACUGCAGCCAGCCGAAAGCCAGACACCGAGGAACCGUCGAUCCAUCAGAAAGCAUGGCACCCAAGAUUUGCGUGAUAUGCUCCGCCGAACGAGCCGUCCUGAAACGGCCCAAGACCGGUCAGCAGCUCUGUCGAGAGUGCUUCUACACCGUAUUUGAAACCGAGAUCCACGAAGCCAUCGUCGACAAUAACCUGUUUGCUCGUGGAGACAAGGUUGCCAUUGGCGCAUCCGGAGGCAAAGACUCGACGGUGCUCGCUCAUGUCAUGAAAACCCUGAAUGAGCGAUAUGAUUAUGGACUCGAGCUCUUCCUGUUGUCUGUUGAUGAGGGCAUCAAUGGCUAUCGAGACGACUCGCUCGAGACCGUCAAGAGAAACAAGGAGCAGUAUCAGCUUCCCCUGCUGAUUGUGUCGUAUGAACAACUCUAUGGUUGGACGAUGGACCAGAUUGUGGAGGAAGUCGGUUUGAAAAACAACUGCACAUUUUGUGGUGUCUUUAGACGGCAGGCGCUUGACCGAGGAGCCGCCAUGCUCAAAGUCGAUCAUAUUGUGACGGGACACAAUGCCGACGACAUUGCCGAAACCGUUCUGAUGAACAUCCUUCGCGGCGACAUUGCCCGACUGCAGCGAUGCACGGCCAUCAAGACACUAACGGAUGACUCGAUACCGAGGUCCAAGCCCUUCAAAUACACAUACGAGAAGGAAAUUGUGAUGUAUGCCUAUUACAAGAAGCUCGACUACUUCUCGACCGAGUGCACAUACUCACCGAAUGCCUACAGAGGAUACGCCCGUGUCUUUCUCAAAGAUCUCGAAUCGAUUCGACCAAGUGCGAUUCUUGACAUUAUCCACUCUGGAGAAGCCUUUGAGCUGCGAGAGGAAGUUAAAUCCAAGAUGCCUGUCCAAAGCAACUGCGAACGCUGUGGAUAUAUCUCAAGCAACAAGCUGUGCAAGUCAUGUAUGCUGCUUGAUGGGCUGAACAAAGGGGCCCCCAGGAUCGCGCUGGGAUAGAUGCCAUUUUCAUCUUGUGCAGCAGAGCGGUGCAUAUGCAGGCUCGAUGAUGGCAGGUGACCGUCGACUGGAGCGGUGUAUUCAGGGAAUCCGAUCUGAUCAAUGCGGAAAUACAGCAUGUUUGGAGCGAGACGGAGCGGUGCCAAUUUGCGCUCUGCCGUGCGCCAACCACUGCCUGCUGUUGGCUCGGGAAGCAUAGUCUUGGGAUGCAAUAUGCAUUCGACCCUUCGGGCAGCUCUGUAGUUUCUCGACCUCCGAAUCGUUGGAUCGACCGAGUCGCCUGCCAUGUGUUCUGGGCCUUGGGCGUCUGUGUUAGUGGCGGAGCCGUUCAAAGUCCAGGGAAUCUCAAGAUCCGUGGACUUUGUGCAUCCUCCUUCCCUUGCACGAGGCAUUCCCAAAGGCAACCACAACAUCAGUCUCCUUUGA